GUCUUCGCUUGCUCUACGGCACUAGUCUCGAAUCUUAUCAUCAAUAUGAUGAAAUUAAGCGUAACUCUAUUACUGGCCUGCGUGGCUUUAUCAUCUGCCGCCUCUCUCAAGCAAGAAUUAACCAAAAGUGUAGACCGAUCUGGACGCAUUGCCGGCGGAGGCCCGGCGAGACCGGAUCAAAUUCCGUACCAGGUAGCCCUGUUGACCGCUGCGGACGGCCUCCACUAUUGUGGCGGAUCGAUUCUGAACAGGCGAUGGGUGCUCACGGCUGGUGCUUGUGUGAUCGGCAAGGCACCGUCUGACAUAAUCGUUUUUGCCGGAAGCAACCAGCUGAACGAGCGCGGCCAAAGCCGCCGGGUUGAUCGCACCGUGCUACACCCGAAUUUCGACGUCGAACUCUCCCACAACGAUGUGGCCGUUGUGCGUGUUAUUGAAUCCUUCGUGUUCAACAAUUUCAUCCAGCCGAUCAACAUGAGUGCUGAGUAUGCUGCCAGUGGACUGAACGCUACCGUAUCCGGAUUUGGUCGUGAAUCGAUCUCGAACCCUGGAGAUGGAAGUCUGCGCUUUGUGCAAGUUCAGCUGAUUUCGCAGGAAACGUGCCAUGAAGCUUUCGAUGAGAACUACACCCCCCGUCUGGAGGACAACACGGUUUGUGCGCUUGGUGCCGAAGGAGAGGGAAUCUGCCUUGGCGAUGCCGGUGGACCGCUGGUUUACAAUGGAGAACUGAUCGGAGUCAUCUCAUGGGGUGUUCCGUGCGGUUUGGGUCUGCCAGACGUUUUCGCCCGAGUCUCCGCUCACAGGGGUUGGGUUUUGGUGCACACUCUGAUUUAGGAUUAUGUUAGAUUAUUAUGUAAAAUAAAAAAAAAUAAAAAUAUUGAAUUAUGCG